AUGUUUAACUUACAAACAGGACCAAAAGAAGUAUUUCCAUACAACUACUACAGCAGUACUUUGUUAGCAAAUGACAACAGAACUGGUGUCAUUUCUGAAGCAUGUAAGUUUGUCAAGGAUGCAGAUACAUUUAUGAAGAACAUAGAUUCCAUCAAAGGUUGCAGAAUAGAUGAGAACCACUUCGACUUAGAAAAAUAUAGCACGUUUUACUGCAAACAAGAUGUAAGAAUUUUAAGAGAAGGUUUUGUAAAGUUCCGCAAUGACUUAUUGAAAGAGUUUGAUUUAAACGUUUAUGACUACGUUAGUAUUUGUUCAAUUGCUAACAAAUUAUUUGAGAACAGAGUGUACUUCCCGAAUGGAAAUCUUUAUGACCUCUCAAAUAAACCAAGAGAAUUUAUUUCGAGAUGCAUUCAAGGUGGAAGAUGUAUGUUGUCAGAUAACAUGAAACAAAAGAGCGAAAAGAAACUCAUUGCUGACUUCGACGCUGUUUCAUUAUAUCCAUCAGCUAUAGCAAGACUUUAUACUUUAGAAGGAAUUCCAAAAGUAUUGAAGGAUGAGAUGUUAAGCACAGAGUAUCUCAUGAGACAUUUAUUCGAUGACGACCAAAAGGAACCCAUUG